AUGAACAUCAGACAGUCCAUUGGCAAGAUGAAUCCAUCCAGCUUCAAAGACAUGAAACGUGGACUACGACAACAAGUUCAUCAAGGUGUGAGAAAAGUGCGCCGUUUGGAAUCGGCUCUUGGCACAUCCUCAAGUGCCGUGCGAGAUGUGAUGGAGUCAAGCUAUGAACGAGCUGAGCAAGGUGUCAUCAGACAUCCUGAACUUUUCUUGACUGAAGUGCAACUGCCUGCAGAUCCUGAACUUCUUCGUGAAGAACGCCAACGUGAGCAGAACUUUCGCUUUCUACGUUGUGCACAAGUGCAACAUGGAGAGGCGAAGAAGCGGAAGGACAUGUGGCAUGUUGGCAGGAGUGGUCUUUGGGUUUGUAGAAGGCAUCACAUGAAAAGGACACGACUUUUCCAGCCUGCUGGAGGUACCUUGCCCUACAUCCCUGCCAACUCCUUCACUGGAAGACGUUGCACUGUGGUUUAUGGUUCAGAUGACUCUGCUGAGCCUGAGGAGCUGUAUGACAAUUUCCUCACUGACUCGAGUCCAUCUUUGGCCCGUCCUUGGUAUGGAGAGACAUGGCUUGAGUUGAAGGUUGGCCAUGGUCCUGCCAGCUGGCCUGCGGAGAGGUGGACUGAUGAACAGUCACGUUUGGUUUUCUUUGAGGGUUCUCAUGUCAUGGAGAACUUGGACAAGAUGUACGUUGCCACCAACACCUACAGGUGGCACAACCUUGCACUUCCUCCUACUUCUAUGCAACCUGUAUCUACAUGGAUGUACUUGCAUGGAGAGUGGCAACACCUUGAAGAUAGAGUUCCUUUUGCGGAGAGACAGUACACUAAGUGGUGUGCACAACUGGUCGAGAAAGCCGAGUACUUUGUCACGAUUCUUCAUCAUGAAUCUCACCCAGAAGCCUUGGUUGGUGAGAGAAUUGACCCUGAUUGCAUCUUUGCGGCAGAGAUCUUUACAGACACUGCUCCUGUUCUUCGUGCUGCUCAUGCAAGAGGCCAUAAGGUGAUGGAGCCCUUGACCUUGCCUGAGUAUGACUUCUACAAUGAGAAGGACAGACAGCGAUGUGGCAAGUUGAUGAAGGAAGAAGCCCCUUUUGCAGCAGUGAUUGCGUUUCCUUGCGUGGUUUGGAGUCCUUUGCAGAGGAUUGGCAGAAACAAGAGACAGAAAGCCUUGAAGCUUUUGAGACGCAAGCAGAAGGAGCUGACCUUGACGAAGUUUGCUGCGAGACAAGCUCGUGCUCAACUUGACGCUGGACGUCAUUUCUUGCUGGAGAAUCCAGCACCCAGUGCAGCUUGGCAAGAGUGUGCUGAGCUGAGAGCCUUGCGAAAUGACCCACGAGUCUACAGCGUGAAGUUUGACCAGUGCCAGUUUGGCCUUCGAGGUCCACAAGGAGGACUGCAUCGAAAGCGAACUCUCAUCUUGACUUCCUCCAAGAAAGUUGCUGACAGGUUUCGAGAUAAGCUAUGCCCUGGUGAUCAUCAACAUGAGCCUGUCAUUGGAGGGUCUAAGGUGACGAGACCAGCGGGACAUUAUCCCCGUCAGAUGGCUGAAGCCAUUGUUGCUGGGUUUGAGGAAGAGCUGUUGGAACAGUUUUCUCCUUCCAAUGAAGCAUUUGCUGCAGAUGGAGAGCCUGGAGAUGAUGCAGGUCACGAUGACGGAGGUGAUGAUUUUGAAGAAUCUGAAGACGACAUUGAAGCGAUGCUGGAGCGGGAACUACAUGAUACAGAUCCUCCUGUUCCUCGACCUCCUGAAGAAGCAGCGAGACCUACAUCCUCUACUACAAGAUCUUCAGCAAGUGAGCCUACAAAGGAACAGCGUCAAGCCGUGAUGCGUUUGCAUCAGAACACAGGGCACAGAGAUCCACGACGCCUGGCUAAGGCACUUUUGGUAGCAGGUGCUACACCAGCAGUUGUGCGUGCUGCUCGUGAAUUGCGCUGUGACAUAUGCUGGGAGAACAAACGACCUCGAUCUCAUCGGCCUUCAACCUUGCCGAAAGCCCGCCAUUUUGGCGAUCAAGUUCACAUGGACCUCUUCUGCCUGAAGGAUGCAAUGGAAACAGCAUUUUGGGUUUGUCAUGCCGUUGAUGCAGCCUCCCAAUUUCAGGUUGCCAAGGUUUUGGAAAAGAAGAGUACAACGGAGGUCUUGAAGUUUCUCAAUGAGUCCUGGAUUUCCAUCUUGGGAGUCCCCAAGACUCUGAUUUGUGACAGCGGCCCUGAGUUUGUUUCUGAUGAGAUGCAAGCAGCUUGUGACUUUCACGACAUCAACCUCUACCAUGCGGCAGUUGAAGCCCCAUGGGUCAAUGGAAUUGCUGAGCGUGGUGGUCAAAGUUUGAAGACAAUCUGCAAGGCAGUGAGUUCUCGACAUUGCCCCCAAGGUCGUGAAGAGAUGUCGCAAGUUUUAGCUGCAGCAUGCGAGGCAGUUAACGGUGACGUUGGAGAAUCUGGUUUUAGUCCGGCGCAGUUUGUGCUGGGCAGACAGCCCAGAUCUACAGACAUGGUUGUUCCCCAUGGCAGUCGUGCGAGGUUGGCUCAGCACAGCCUCUUGGAGAACACUCCGUCCAUGGAAAGAAGGAUAGCCAUGAAAGAAUGUGCAAGAGUGGCCAUGGUGCGGCUGAAGUAUUCAAGGGCAUUGAGGAGAGCGGAGUUAGCUAGGGCAAGAAAGCCCGUGAUGGUGCAUGAAUAUCAGCCUGGAGACUUGGUGUAUUUUUUCCGUGAGCAAAAACCUUCUUCACAGAAGGGCAAGGCUAAGAAUCCCAACAUGCGGCGAAAGCUACUUCUUCGACAGUGGCAUGGUCCAGCUAUGGUUGCUGCUGAACAUAUCCGUCCAACCAGCACUUUAGAAAGACUGGCGCAUGAGGAAUGGGAAAAGAUCUUGGAUGACAUUGUGGAAGCGACGGAUCUACAUUCUGAACCUCAUGGACGCGAUGAUUCUGGACACCGUGAAGGUGAUCCAGGUGAUGCUGAUGAAUAUGCCCCAAGUGAUCCGCCACCUCCUGAAGAUACACCUCCUGAUCUUCAGCAAGAACAAGAGCCCGAGAUGGCAGUUGGCCCUCUCUCAGAACUACCUCCUGUGCCUGAUGAUAUGGUUCGGAUCUCGUCUGCGGCUUCGCAGAGUGGGUUGAGUACACAGUUUCCAUACCCAUAUCCAAUGAACUUCAGGGGUGCUCCACCAUCUUCCUUGCCGACGCCGACGUCGACAGUGGCACAGUCUAGACUGACUGGACAAGGUGGACAAGAACAAGGAGCUCCAGCCGAAGUGCCUCAUCAAGAGAGCUCUACAACCCCCCUGACUCCGACACAGGUAAGAUCAGCUUCAAGAACGGCCCCAGGAACACCCUCUGAGGCCGCCAAGAGACAGAAAACUGUCGCGACUGAUGAAGCUGAUAUCAUGGAAAAGCCACUAGCCGCACUUCUCCAGCCAAGCACUCCCACUUCAAGAACUGGCAGAAUGAGUUCAGCUUCGCAUUCUGUGAGGCGUGCGCUUUCUGAAGGUGCAACUGCGCAACCACGUGAAACCAAGAGACGUGCAGUGGAACCUUUGGUCCUGGAUGCCAAGACUGUUGAGGUUCUCAUGUCAGAGUCAGAUCAACGACAUCCCUUGUUGCGUGCGGUUGAACAAGCACGUGCAGACAUCGCCGAGGGCAAGUUGACUGUUGAGGACUUUGGCACGUGGGAUGGCAGAUGGUCAAUGCCAGGCAGAUACCGUCUUGAGACGUGCCUGGAGUGUGGGUUGAUGUUGCCCACCGGUUGUGCCAGUGAUGAUUUCUAUGAAGUCUGUCAGGCCUCUAUGCACCGUGAACUUCAGUGGAGCCAUUUGUCUCCAGAGCGCAAAGCCAAGUACCAGGAAGCGGCAGAAGUAAAACUGUUGAAAGGUUUGUUGGGAAGUUUGCAAUGGUUGGUAGCCCAAUUGAGGUUUGAUGUAGCAUUUGGUGUCAGCAGUUUGCAGAGUGAAAUUCCAACUGUGGGUACAUUGCUUCGUGCGAACAAGUUGUUGUUAGAUGUGAAGAAAGAUAGCAGCUUUGAGAUUCGUUUUCGAAAUAUUGGUGCCCCAAAUUCUGGAGUUGUCGCAGUCAGUGAUGCAGCAUUGGGUAAUGUAGAUGUCAAUGGUUGUCAUGAACGCCCUGCAGGUGAGAAAGUGCAUUCCCAAGCUUGCUAUGCGAUUCUUCAUGCUGACCAGAACCUCGCCAAGGGCAAGAGCGGGCAAUUCAAUGUGCUCGAUUUUCGAUCACAUCGCCUUCAGCGAGUCUGCAGAAGCAGCUAUGCGUCAGAAACGUUAGGAGUUGAAGAAGCUCUGGACUCUGGUGAAUUGACGCGUGGUUUUGUUGCAGAAGCUUUGGGUGUGGAUGUUAGCAAUCGCAAUGGCUGGUUGGCUAUUUGCAAGAUUCCUCUCAUUGGCGUGACGGAUGCCAAGGACACCUAUGAUCGUACAACACAGGAUACUGGUUUUGGGACGCAGAAAUCUUUGUGUUUUUCGAUUGCGAGCAUUCGUCAGCAGCUGAAAAGACCAAACACUCAGAUGCGAUGGACUGCAACGGCAAACAACUUUGUUGAUGGUGGUACGAAAGACAUGGACUGUUCACACUUGAGACAGACCCUGUUGCGUGGAACUUGGAGCAUUGAAUACAAUCAGGAAUACACCAAACAGAACUUCAAGAAGAAGAAAGAAACUGAAGCAGUGGAUCAUUUGCCUGGCAGAGAGAUGUUGGAAAAGGAUGAACAUCUACUACGUCAUGCACGACACCUCAGUGAAAGCCUAGGAUGGCACAUGCGAGAUGACAUUGGCGUACAUGUGAGCUUUGGUGAGAACUGCUAUGCCUAUUGUCCCCCUGGCUAUGUGGCCGAGGCCUUGGCGACGCGCUUGCGCUGCCUGGGUCCCAGCAGUUCGGAGCCCGCCGUGUCGCCCAGCGAGGAGGACUCCGUAACCCUACGCGGAACGGUGCCGCAGUGCGUGGCAUCGCAGUGUCUUUACAACCUGCCGUGGGGUGAACGAUACGUGCACAACUGCAGUGCAGUCGUCACAGGACAGCAUUGCUUGGUGAGUUGUGCUGAGGGCUGGUUCGGCACGGUGGAGGUCUUAACCUGUCAGGCCACUGGCGAUCUCAGUGGCGCAUAUCCGGCCUGUCGAACCAUCACCCAAACCACCACUCGCAGCUGGGUGGUGAGGGGAUGGGUUUGA